GCAGUAGCAGGAGCAGCGGCAGGCGCGAAGGCCCCAUUCCAAGGAAGCUUGUCCCACCCGGCGCGCCGUCAGUCUCUAAGGGGCGUUCCAGAGACUCCUAGCAACGCCGGCUGCGCGCGGGGACCUUUGCAGAGCCAUGGCUGUAGCCAACCCCACGGUGUUCCUGCUGAUGGUGAACGGGCAAGUGGAGAGCGCCCAGUUUCCUGAAUUUGAUGACCUCUACUGCAAGUAUUGUUUUGUUUAUGGCCAAGACUGGGCACCAACAUCUGGCUUAGAAGAGGGAAUAUCUCAAAUUACUUCUAAAAGCCAAGAUGUCCAGCAAUCCCUGGUGUGGAACUUCCCUGUUGAUAUUACCUUUAAAAGUACCAAUCCUUAUGGCUGGCCACAAAUAGUGAUAAGUGUGUAUGGACCUGACUUUUUUGGAAAUGAUGUGGUUCGAGGUUAUGGAGCUGUACAUGUGCCUUUCGCUCCUGGCCGACACAAAAGAACUAUCCCUAUGUUUGUACCAGAAUCAACAUCUAAGCUACAAAAGUGGACAAGCUGGUUCAUGGGACGAAGGCCUGAAUACACAGACCCCAAGAUAGUAGCUCAGGGAGAAGGAAGAGAAGUUACAAGGGUUCGCUCCCAGGGCUUCGUUACCCUUUCCUUGAAUGUGGUAACAAAGGACUUGAAGAAACUAGGCUAUCAUACCAGCUCUUUGGACUUGCAGGCCUCUUCGGUGAUAGACCUGUCUGAAGGUGUUCUGAAGUAAUUAUGAAAUAUUAUCCAUAUCCUUUCAGUGAAACAGCAUUUAUCUUUCAAUCUGUUAUAGCCAGCCUCUUUUAAAUCCAAACUGCUGAUGUGUGCUAAAUUGCCUAUUGUUACACUUGUUGACUUAAGCAUCGCUAUAUCUAUGUAGCCAAACAUUUUUUAUAUAAUAAACGAAAAUAUUGUUGGAGAGCUAAGUAUUU